CCAGGAGGCCACGACCACACAAGCAAGCGAGCCGCCGUAGUGCUCUCCAUCCCCAGUCGCCACUCCUUUCUUUGACCUCCCUGCCGCCGCCGCCGCCGGAUCCGCCGCCAUCGCCGGCCGCGCUUGAACAGAUCCAAAGGGCCGGGCGGCACCACCCCCACGGCGGGGAUCUGCCUCCAGCUCCCCACAAGAUGGAGGAGGCCCCUGCUAAGAGGAAUCCGGCGGCCAGCCUUACAGACGACCUCCUCGUCGAGAUUCUCCGCCGCCUGCCCAUCCGCUCCGUAUGCCGCUUCAAGUGCGUCUCGCGGUCCUGGCGCAACCUCAUCUCCGACCCCGCCCACCGCAAGAAGCUACCCCAGACCCUCGCCGGCUUCUUCUACGAAAGCCUCAGCGGCGAGCGCUUCCCCGUCAAGGCGCAUCACUUCACCAACGUUACCGGAAAAGGCGUACCAUUCAUCUUUCCUUCCUUCUCCUUCUUGCCCGUCCCCAGUGACGAUGUAGACCUCUUGGAUUCCUGCAAUGGCCUCCUCCUUUGCCGUUGCCAUGAGCCUGAUCCUCAUAAUGGCGAUGAGAGCGAUGAGUCUGGUCCUAGUGAUGGCGACGGGUUUCGACCGUUCCAUUAUGUUGUGUGCAAUCCCGCGACCAAGAAGUGGGUGAUGUUGCCGGAUGGCAGUUGGGCUAGUGGCGAGGCUCGCACAACCCGCUUGGCGUUUGAUCCGGCAGUCUCCUCGCAGUUCCAUGUGGUUCAGUAUGUGGUGGACGAGGCUUGGUGCGUCACAGGGGUGGGGAUCUAUUCAUCCAAAACUGCAGCAUGGAGCUUUAAGGAAAGUGAAUGGGGCGAUGAUGUUAUGCUACAUCAUCAAGUGAGAAGUGUGUUUCUUGACGGCUUCUUGCAUAUGCUCACGGUCCUUGAUGGGAUAACGUUGGUGGACAUGGAUGGAAAAACAUGGAGGACAAUUCCUGUGCCGACUGAUAAUGGGUAUGUUGGCUGCAUCCAUCAAGCUCCGGGUCGCCUGUGUUUUCUUAAUGUUGAUGAUGCUGAUCCCUUCAAGCUGUCGAUCUGGUUCCUUGAAGACCAUGGUACUAAUGAAUGGACAUUGAAGCAUUCCGUUAGGACUCCACUGCUGUUUGGGGGGAAGAACCUUCCAUUUGGGUUCGGCUACACAGUGAUUACAAUUCACCCAGAAUGCAAUUUGAUUUACUUUGUCUAUGGGUGGAACAAGACACUGAUGGCAUAUGAAAUGAACCGCAAGGAAGUUCGUGUCAUCCGUAAUCUCGGGCAUGAUUGCUCGGAGCCUUAUCUUCCUUAUGUUCCCUUGUUCGCAGAGGCAUUAGCAGAUGAGCAGUGACACUGUUAGAUUUACUGCAGCUAUGUUUUUGUUACUGCAAUGAUGAAUUCAUAUUGGUGAAGUAAGGAGUAUCUGGCAUUCCUUCUAGCUGUCUGAUUGUUCUAGCAAUCUGUAUGUUGAGUAGACUGCCAGAAAAGUUAAGCUCUGUUUUCUUUGUUUUAUGCAUGUGAGCAUGUCUGUUGUGCUAUUUUGAUUUGGAUCAAUGUUAUUUAAUUGUUGAGAUCUCAUGAACUGCCUUUAGGAAGGCUAACUGUAUUCUUUCAGUUAAACAGCUAUGUUAUUAAGGCUAACUGGAAUUGCCACCAAUGGCUAUAGCUUCACAUUUCUUGAUGACAACGGAGGCAACGAAAGUUUCACCUC